AUGUUCUGCUCACACAAAGCUCUCCUUGAGAACCUCUACACCGCUCCUCUGUCUGCUCUCCUGGCUCAAUUUCAGAUACUAACCCACCUAUAUCUCACCUUAAAUAGAACCGGGUUUCCUGAGGGAGACUUCAGAUGUUCUGCUCACACAAGUGAGCUCUCCUUAAGAACCUCUACACCACUCCUCUGUCUGCUCUCCUGGCUCAAGUGCUCCACGAUAACUCAUCACUCUCUCACCACCUGCCAGUCCACCCUCCAACAUUUUGCCAAUCCACAACGUCCACAAGGAAAAGAAGGACCGAAGGAGACAAUUACUAACUCCACCAAUCUCCUGACCAAACUCAGCCUCAGUGGAUAUCCUCACUUCCUCUGCACUAGUACGACACUGUCUCCCCUCCUUCUACAACCGGUUCUCAACCCAUUUCAGUUUCAGAUACUAACCCACCUAUGUCUCACCUUAAAUAGGACCGAGUUUCCUGAGGGAGACUUCAGAUGUUCUGCUCACACAAGUGAACUCUCCUUAAGAACCUCUACACCACUCCUCUCUCUGCUCUCCUGGCUCAAGUGCUCCUCGAUAACUCGUUGCUCUCUCACCACCUGCCAGUUCACCCUCCAACAUUUUGCCGAUCCACAACUUCCACUAGGAAAAGAAGGACCGAAGGAGACAAUCAUUAACUCCACCAAUCUCCUGACCAAGCUCAGCCUCAGUGGAUAUCCUCACUUCCUCUGCACCAGACUGGGUUUCCCCAAAGGAGUCUUCACAUUUACAAGAGAUAAUUGAUUCUAAAGUACUGACUUCCAUUCUCUGCGUCUGUUCUGAGAAAUCUCCUUAAGAACCUCCACACCGCUCCUCUGACCGCACUCCUGCCUGUACAUCCUCCAAAGUUGGUUUCACCAAUCAAAAACUUCAAGGACAAAAGUAGACAAUCACAAAGUUUUACAACACAUUUUACACCAAUUUCAGUUUCAGGUAGAAACUUACUUUC